GGCUCGGGUAAUCCCGCGACCCGUAACGAACCAACGGCAGCUCCUGAACUGCGACCAACUAUCAACUCCAAACACCAGGCACCUUUUUGGCGACAUCACCUGGCGAGCUCGUCAAUCCGCGGCGUUCAAUUUGAGAAACCCGAGCCCAUCUGCAAUGUUCAGACUCGGCCGCAGCCGCGCAUUGGCGUCGGCCUUUGCCGCGCCCAAGGUUUCUCCCUCAGCCAGACUCCCCGGCAUCGCCCAACAAAAGAGAGCGCUGAGCAUCCACGAGUACCGCUCGGCCGACCUCCUCCGCCAGUAUGGCAUUGACGUCCCCAAGGGCGCCGUCGCGACGACGGCCGCCGAGGCCGAGGCCGUCGCCAAGCAGAUCGGCACCGACGACAUGGUGAUCAAGGCCCAGGUGCUCGCCGGCGGCCGCGGCAAGGGCACCUUCGACAACGGCCUCAAGGGCGGCGUGCGCGUCAUCUACUCGCCUACCGAGGCCAAGAUGUUCGCCGAGCAGAUGAUCGGCCACAAGCUCAUCACCAAGCAGACCGGCGCCGCCGGCCGUCUGUGCAACGCCGUCUACAUCUGCGAGCGCAAGUUCGCCCGCCGCGAGUUCUACCUGGCCGUGCUCAUGGACCGCGCCUCGCAGGGCCCCGUCAUCGUGUCGUCGUCGCAGGGCGGCAUGGACAUCGAGGGCGUCGCCAAGGAGAACCCGGACGCCAUCACGACCACGUACAUCGACAUCAACGUCGGCGUGACCGACGAGAUCGCCCGCGGCAUCGCCACCAAGCUCGGCUUUAGCGAGCAGUGCAUCGAGGACGCCAAGGACACCAUCCAGAAGCUGUACAAGAUCUUCCUCGAGAAGGACGCCACCCAGAUCGAGAUCAACCCGCUAUCCGAGACGUCCGACCACAAGGUCAUGUGCAUGGACGCCAAGUUCGGCUUCGACGACAACGCCGACUUCCGGCAGAAGGAGGUGUUUUCGUGGCGCGACACCACCCAGGAGGACCCGGAGGAGGUGCGCGCCGCCGAGGCCGGGCUCAACUUCAUCAAGCUGGACGGCGACAUCGGCUGCCUGGUCAACGGCGCCGGCCUGGCCAUGGCCACCAUGGACAUCAUCAAGCUGAACGGCGGCCAGCCGGCCAACUUCCUCGACGUCGGCGGCGGCGCCACCCCGGCCGCCAUCAAGGAGGCCUUUGAGCUCAUCACGAGCGACCCCAAGGUGACGGCCAUCUUCGUCAACAUCUUCGGCGGCAUCGUGCGCUGCGACGCCAUCGCCCACGGCCUCAUCAACACGGUCCAGAGCCUCAACCUGAAGAUCCCCAUCAUCGCCCGCCUGCAGGGCACCAACAUGGAGCAGGCCCACCAGCUCAUAAACGACUCGGGCAUGAAGAUCUUCUCGAUCGACGACCUGCAGAGCGCCGCCGAGAAGGCGGUCCAGCUGUCCAAGGUGGUCAAGAUGGGUGCGUGGCAUUGCUCUUCCCCCGAAGGCUGAACUCCCUCCCCGUUCAUGAUAAGCGAAACGGAGCGUGAUGCUAACUAAUUUUCCUUUUUCCCUUCCUCUGUCUGCAGCUCGUGAUAUUGACGUGGGCGUUGAGUUUACUCUGGGUAUCUAAAGGCAUGCAUAGACUGGAUCAAUCAGGCGGGGGCUGAUGGGGUUAUUUUUUUCCCCUUCCUGCCGCGGCCUUUGUCCCCUGCUGCUUCUUAUGUAUCAUCCAUCUAACCCUGAUGCUGUGCAUGUGUGUAGGUAAUCUGUGUGGUGUGUGGGAAAGG